CAAACCUAAUUUCCUAAAUAUGUGGUUUGAAACUUUUGGGUUUAUAUUUCCACAUAUAACUUAAAAAAAAGUAUAAAUUUCCACAUAUAUGGCCAAAAAAUGAUGCCCUUAAUAGGUUUAGACCUUUACUGCUAUUACAAUUAUCGCAAGAAAAAUGGCCACCGAAAGUUACACACUCCCAGUGAUCGAUUUACACGAUUUCCCUAAUGAAUUACCCAAGUUGAUUGCAGCAUGUGAAGAAUGGGGCUGUUUCAGGCUGCUCAACUUCCAACAACUCCUUCCGGCAACACUCAUGUCAGAUAUGAAGGCGGUGGUCAAAUCACUGUUUGACUUACCGGUGGAUAUCAAGCGCCGGAAUGUUGAUGUCAUCCCCGGCAGUGGGUACUGGCCUCCGUCUGAUAAGUAUCCGUUGUAUGAGGCGCUUGGUUUUUAUGACAUGUCGUGUCGUGCAGAUGUGGAGAACUUUUGCUCCCAGUUGGAUGCUUCAACUCAUCAAAGAGAGAUAAUUGUAAGAUAUGCUGAAGCAGUACAUGAGUUACUUGUGGUGGUUGUAGAGAAAUUAGCCCAAGGUUUAGCAGUGAAAAGUGAAAAUUUUGGAUUUGAGGAAUGGCCAUGUCAAUUUAAAAUCAAUAAAUACCAUUUUUCUCCUGAAAGUGUUGGCUCCCCUGGUGUCCAGGUACACACAGAUACUGGUUUUCUGACUAUCCUUCAAGAUGAUGAAAGUGUUGGGGGUCUCGAAGUCAUGGAUAAGUCGGGUGACUUCAUUGCCGUUGAUCCGUGGCCUGGCACCCUUUUUGUUAACCUCGGUGACAUGGCAACUGUAUGGAGUAAUGGAAGAUUUUGCAAUGUGAAGCACAGGGUGCAAUGCAAAGAAGCAAAAGUACGUGUUUCAAUUGGUUCGUUCCUUUCAGGACCAAAAGAGACAAUGGAACCACUACCAGAACUUGUGGACAAUGACCAUCCUCGUGUGUACUUUCCUACCACUUAUGAAGAGUACAGGAAGCUGAAGUUCUCGACAAAGUUGUACUCGGGUGAGGCUCUUGAGCUCUUGUACGCAUCUAACUCUGAGAAAUGAGGUUGAUUCGCUUUCCAAUCGUUGAUGAAUAAAAAUAAUAUUCCCCUGUAAAUUACAUACAAGAGGCUGUCUGUAACUCUCUAUGUAUCAGCAAAUUGAAAUUAAUAUAAGAAAUUAGUAUUAAGUAGGCAAACUGCUAGUGAAUUGUUUGCAUAGCUAUGAAUAAAGAGUGUAUGAUUAAGGAAAA